GCGCGUGCGCACUGGGGCAGCCGGGUAGGGCGGGCUCGGCGGGCAGGCUGCCCCGGAGUGAUGACGAUGGCCGGCGCGGUCUCGCUCCCGGGUUUGCUAGGGUUGCUGUUUGUGUCGGCGCUUCCGGGGGUCCUCGGAGACCGCCCCGGCGGCGACCACCGGGCACACGCAGGGGCCACGGAGACUCGGCGGCGACCGUCGGCCAAGGAGCAGCGCGAGCGGCCCCGAGCCGAGGUGCUGCCCUGGGGGGCGCUCUACACCGCGGCCGUCGUGGCUUUUGUGCUGUACAAGUGUUUGCAGAGGAAGGAAGAGGCCGCUGUGCUCCAAGAAGAGGCAGACAAGAAGGCGUCAGUACAGUCAGAGCAACAGCUGGCCCAGUUGACCCAGCAGCUGGAUCAGACAGAGCAGCACUUGAAUAGCCUGAUGGCCCAGCUGGACCCUCUUUUUGAGCGGGUGACCACUCUGGCAGGAGCCCAGCAGGAACUGCUAAACACGAAGCUACGAACCUUCCAGCAGCUGCUGCGGAAGAAGCAGGCGGAGGAGCGGGGGACACCCCUGGAGCCAGAGGCCGGCAUUCCCUUUCCCGAAGAUUUGAAUGUAGCAGAGGACCAGGAGGAAGCUGGUGACAGCCAGGUCUGGGAGGACCCUACAACCUGGAGCAGCGACACAUGGAGCCUAGCUACCCCCCCGGAAGUGGCGCAGGGGCUAAGACGACGACGCAGCCAGGUUACAGCCAACGGCCCGGAAAGGGCGGGCACCGACGGUUUGUUAAAACACAGACUGUUCUUGUGACCAGAGGCCCCUGCGUGCUUUUUCCAGCACAGCCUAUUGUACAUGCACUCAUGUGAGGUGCCCAAGGACAAGAGGCCCUUCUGGAAAAGCUUCCCUUAUUAGGGCAGAGAGCGGCCCCCUUCCAGCGGGAAGCAGAGCAGACAGAGGGAGCUCCAGUUCUUUUCACUUAGGCGAGCCAGCCUACCAGAGCACAAAACUCCCAGGUGUGUCAGCAACAGAGACAAAGGCCUUCCCCUCCCAGAGAAAACUUUAUUAACACUUGAGAAAAUAAAUUAUAGAAAUGA